AUGUCCAUCCAAGACGUAUCCAUCAUCGGCGCCGGUCUCGCAGGCCUCACCCUCGCCCUCGCCCUCCACGCCAACUCCAUCCCCGUAACAGUCUACGAAUCCCGCCCAGCGCCCCUCAACAUCGGCGGCGCAGUCAUGCUCUCCCCCAACGCCCUCAAAGUCCUCGACGCCCUCGGCCUCUACGACACCAUCAAACAGAAAGGUUAUAACUUUGACCUCCUACACUACCGCGACGCCGAGGGUCACCUCCUGGAAACAUAUGAAUUUGGCGGCAGCCAAAAAUACGGCUACGACGGCCUACGAAUCUAUCGAUACGUCCUGAUCGACGAACUAGUAGCUGCGUUGAAGCUGCGCGGCGUAAAAGUAGUGUAUGGCGCCAAGUUCUCCCACGUCGUUGAAGAUACACCCUCCUCCGUAACAUUUGCACUUACAGACGGCAAAACCGUGAGGACAUCCCUUCUCGUCGGUGCAGAUGGCAUCCACUCCGUCGUCCGAAAGCACUUAUACCCCGAUUUACGCACCAAAUUCAUCGGCAUGGCGGGCAUUACGGCCGCCGUACCGACAUCUCAGCUCCAACUACCAGAGGGCUAUCACAUCCCCGUGACAAUUACAUCCCCCAAGGGCGCAUUUGUAAUCGCCCCCCAGCAAGUCGACGGCUCGGAAGUCCUCAUCGGGAAACAAAUGCGCGUGCCGCUGGAUAUAACCGCCACGCCAGGCUGGGACCGCGACUUCGUAUCCGACAAGCAGUCUGCGAUUGCGUUCUUGCAGUCGAACAAUGAUGACUUUCCGGACUUUGUGAAGAAGGCGACUUCGGCAAUCGACCCCGCCAAGGUGAAUAAGUGGCCGUUCUUCGUGGUUCCCAAGUUGGACAGGUGGGUGUCUGAGACGAGAAGGGUUAUUAUACUGGGUGACGCGGCGCAUGCGAUUCCUCCUUCUGCAGGACAGGGGAUUAAUCAGGCCUUUGAGGAUGUGUACAUGCUGGCGCUGAUAUUGGGCGAGAGGGAGAGGGUUAGGGAUAUGAAAGCGGCGUUGGGUUUCUGGCAGGAGUAUAGGCAGAAGAGGGUUGAUAGGAUUCUGGAGCUGAAUGCGCAGAUUGAUCAGAGGAGGAUGCCGAGGGAUGAUGAGGUUGUUGGUGAGGCUAGCGGGUUUGAGAAGGGUGCGUUUGAGUUGGGGUGGUUGUAUAGGCCUGAUUUUAAGGCAGAUGUGGAGGAGUGGCUGAGGAGGGAAGUGUGA